AUGAGCAGCUUGAAACAGCGAUAUGUGUAUGCUAUGGUUCUCAGUGGUGUUGGCGAUGCCCUAGGUUACUACGGUGGAAGAUUUGAGUUCAACCAUAAUGGAGAUGACAUCUUUGAGGAGGUGCUCAAGCUAGGGGGCCUGGAACAAAUUCAUGUUGCACUGCCAGAUUGGAAUGUGAGUGAUGACACAGUUAUGCAUUUGGCUACAGGUGAAGCUCUUGUACAGUGUGGAAAUACUGAUGAUAAAGAAAAGAUUUUUACAACCAUAGCUCAGGCUUAUAAAGAUUGCUUGAAAGAUAUGUCAGGAAGGGCACCUGGAGCAACAUGUAUUCAAGGAGCACAUUUACUGAGACCACACAUUGCGAAAGGUUACCGAAUACAAUUUAAUCCAAGAGGCGGUGGAUGUGGAGCAGCCAUGAGAGCAAUGUGUGUGGGUCUUCGUUACCCAAGGCCAGAACAGCUGGAUGAUUUGAUUGAAGUCAGUGUGGAAUGUGGUAGAAUGACACAUCACCAUCCUACUGGCUAUUUAGGGAGCCUAGCAGCUGCCCUUUUCACAGCUUAUUGCAUACAAGGAAAGCCAGCAAUCAGCUGGGGACGUAGCUUGAUAGACCUUUUGCCACAAGUGCUGAAAUACGUAGAAUCUACAGGUCAUUGUGUCCAAGAAAACAGAGACCACUGGACCUAUUUUCAAAAUUCUUGGGAAAAUUACCUCAGAUCUCGAGGUCUUACAGAUGGGACUAGCACUCCAGUGUUCCCAAGUCCAUAUAGUUUCAAAGAACAUGAUGAGUUUGUUAAAAGUGUUAGCUUUUCUGGCUGGGGAGGAUCCAGUGGUCAUGAUGCACCAAUGAUUGCAUAUGAUGCUUUCCUGCAAGCUGGAAGCAACUGGAAUCAGCUGUGUAACAGAUCUAUGUUCCAUGGAGGAGACAGUGACAGCACAGGUGUCAUAGCAGCAUGUUGGUUUGGUGCAGCCUAUGGUGUACAAGGGGUUCCUGAACUGAACUACAAGGAUGUGGAAUACAGAAAGAGACUGGAGUCUGUUGGUGCAAAGCUGUACUCAUUGGCAUUCCCUGAUAAUGCAGUGUAG